UAAAAAUGGGUUGUCAAUGAAUCAGUUCGAAGGAAAAUACAGAGGGGAAGACUCCUCUCCCUCGAGAACUGGACGAGAAUACCUCCAAUGGUCUCAAAAACAGGAUGGAUAGCUCAACCUCCUCAGGAACAGCUGGGAUGAGAGUUGACACAGAAACAACUGUUCCAGAAGAAACAAAAAUUCCUGAUUCAAACGGGCCAAGUCCUUCAGAUUUCCAAGUCAGAGCUCAGAUAGGACGAGGAGGUCACUGCAAGGUCUUCUCUGUCAAGAGCAACAAAACCGGAGGCUAUUACGCUAUGAAAGUGGUGAGACUUAAAAAUCUCCCUGUGGAAUACCAGGAGGAGAUUAUUGCUCAAAAGCAGACAUUUAAAGACAUAAAUUGCUACUUCUUAAGCAAACUACAUCAUCACUUUGUUGCCCAAAGAAAGCUGUAUUUCAUCACUGACCUCGUAAAAGGAACCAAGCUCAGUGACUAUCUGUACAGGAAGUUUCAAGUGAAGGAAAAGGCGAUCAAAUUCUACGCUGCAGAGAUGGUUAUCGCUCUAAAAGCUCUACACGAUAAUGAUGUCACCUAUCCUGGCUUGACCCCUGGCAACAUCAUGAUCGAUACACAAGGACAUGUAAAGAUUUUGGAGCCUGGAAGGUCAAACAUCCAGAAUAUUACAACACUUUUGGGCCAAAUUGAGGGUACUUCACAUUAUGUUGCUCCAGAAGUGGUCCAAGGAAAUGAACUUUCUCAUAUCAAUGACUGGUGGUCGCUCGGAGCUAUCCUCUAUGAGAUGGUAUCUGGCUACCCACCUUUCCUCAAAUUUUCGGAAAAUACUGGAGAAAUGGAAUUUACACUCGUGAAAAACAACCAGAUAUUUUCGUCGAAGAAAAUAUCCACAUCUUUCAAAGAUUUCCUUAAGAAAUUAUUGUGCAUUGAUCCUGAAAAUCGGCUUGGAGCUGGUGGGGCAGAGGAAAUCAUGAAGCAUGAGUUCUUUGAUUCCUUAAUCUGGGAAUCGAUUGCUCUUAAACAACAAGAAACCCCUUAUCUUCCAAAAGAAAUUCCUGUUUCCAGCCCUCCUCAGAAAGAGAAGGAAUGUUCAAAGGACUUUGAAGAAUGGAAGGAAUCACCAAGGACGGAUAAACCAUGAUCAUACCCUUCGAAAUUUCUUCCAGAGUUCUGUAUGAGUAAUGAUGUAGUUCUGUCUGUCUCCACAAAUGAGUAAUACUCUGUCCGCCAUUAUUGUUCAGAGUCUCAAAAAAUACUAUCUAAC